CAGAGCAGGACAUCCCUCCCUGUCUGCAGCAGACUCAGAGAAGGGACUGUACAGCCUGGAGAAGAGCCUGGCAGCCUGGCUGUCUGCUGUCAUGUCUCUGCCUCGCUCAGACCAGGAGAAGAAGAGGUUGAGGGAGACGUUUGGUGCUGUGGAGAACACCCAGCAGAAGACUGAACACCAGAGACCUCUACUGAUCAACUGUCAUGACGAGAGAGCCCUGAGACUGCACCACCUGCCUGUCCAUAACAGCUUUGAUGCGGUGAAGACAGAGACAGAGAUGAUGAGAAACACUCCGGUGUGGAAUCUUCUCCGCUCCGUCCGCCCCCUGAGUGGAAAUAGAACCAGACUGGCCCGCAUCCAGGAGCUCACACACUACUGCACUGACGAGUCUCUGAGCUGGCCAGAGGUGGAGAGAGUGGUCAGACAGUUUGUGUUUGAGAGCAUGCCCCUGACCCAGCUGGAGGAGGGGGGUCUACUGACCUCUGCUGGUUCCCCUCAACCUACCUGCCUGCCCUGGGACGACCCUGUCUGCUUCGCCAAGAACUACCUCAGACACAUCAACAAGACACAAGUUAAAGCGUUCAACCACCAGGAUGAAUCAGAGGAGAGUUUGUCUGAUGUAGUAGAUGUGACUGAAAUCCAGAGAAGCCGGAUGCGAUCGCUCAGUGACUGGCACUAUACUGAGCACCACAAUGCCAAUGUCUUUCCCCAGAUUCUCCAGUCUGCCUCUCAGUCCUACCGCUGCAUGGACACCUUCUGUGGUAGUCUUGACAACACCCUGUUCAUCAUCUGUCACAAUCCCAUGAGCCCUCAACGCCAGUGCAAGGAAUUAUGGGACAUGGCCCUCCACACCAACGUCAGGUUCAGGAAGUACCUUGAGCACGUGGCCAACUCUAUAUCUGACUGGACCAAGGAGGAGGAGGUGAAGUGGCUAGCUCUGCAGGCCAAGAGAGAGCCAGAGAAGCUGAGAGUGCCCACCCCGUCUGACUCCUCAGAGAAAGGCAGGACAGAGUUGGCUAAGGGCACCAAGAAGGGCACUGUCUCACCAAAACACACUGCAACCUCCCAAGCCAAGUCUCCUAUCCAAGAGGAAGGUCCUCCAGACCAGUACAUCAGAGAAGACUCGCUCAAAGCGUGGAAGAUAGAGCAGGACAGACAGAAGGAGGAGGAACAGGUGAAGAAAGCUAAGAAAGAUAAAGGAGGGAAGGGAGCGGAGCGCGCCGACUCGUCCAAGGAGAACAAGAAAACAACCCCCUCCAGCACUAAGAAGAGCAGGGAGGACGUGAGCAAGACCCCUGACCUGGCUGUGGGGGCCCCUGGAGAACAGAGAGCAAAGCUGCAGUCACUCACUGACAUCUUCACUGGAUUCACUGGCUACAGCAUGGAGGGGCAGCUGAUCCAGGUCUCAGGCCAGGUCCACUCCCUAUACCCCUCUGACGGAGGCCACAUCCAGGUGGAGACCAUCCACUUUGUUCAGGGGUCGACGCUCAUCAAGGUGUGUGUGAUGAAGGACAAGCAUCAUUUCUACAGCCACAUCACCCAGCCAAACAGACACCAGGAGGAGAGCCCAAAGUACGCGGUCCCCAUGGAGACACAGAGUCCCACCAAUAAGACUGUUAGGCUGGGCUCCUUCUCAGCUGUGCUGGACAGCGGCAUCCACCUCUCCUACAGCCACUACGGCCCAACAGGGGAGCAGGGUGAGAUGCAGGCUGGUCAGGACUCUGAUUUGGUCAUGCCCACAGACUCCAGUCUCUCCCCCGUCCCCUCGACCAUCCUCUCCUCCUCAGUGUCCCGGAAGAAACUGAACUCCUCCCACAGCGCCAAGGGGGCACAGCCGUCCAGAGAGACCAACAAGUCUCCAACACACAGAGAGGAAGAGGAACAGACCAGAGAGUGUGUGGGUCAGGCUGCAUUAUCUGGCAGUGGUCCGUUCCAGAGACUAAACCUCUCUACCCCCAGUGGUCUGCUGCUGCAGUUCCUCAGUGAUGAUACAGACGGCAGUACUCCAGAGGGGCAGUGUCUGUUGGUGAGACAGAGUUUACCCCCUACACUGCAGUGACAGUAGGGAGACUCACCUCACAGACCCAUCGUUACACAGUGAGCUGUCUGGGUCAUCACUGGUCAGGGCACCGUGGUCAAGUACAUGAGAGACGGAUCAACACAGGUGCUGUUUGCAGACGGUUCAGUCAGCAGCAGUACAGACUCAGGACCCAUCAUCUCAUCUCCUCCUGAACCCCCUGCUAAGGAGGAAGAGGUAGUGAAGGAGACUCCGAUACCAGAGAGAAAAGACAGCAAGGACAAGAAGGGUAGUCACAUCUCUAACAAAUCAUAUGGACCUUGAUUUAGAUCCUUUGGUCUUUUAUACAGAACCAGUCAAAACCUACUCAUUCCAAGGUUUUUUUUUAUUUUUUAUUUUUUU